UUAUCAAAUUUUGUACGGAUGUUAAUUUUUACUCCUUAAUGUUUCAUGCUAUUUCUAAUAUAACCCGAACCUGAACCCAAACCCAAACCCAAAACCAAAACCAAAGCCGGCCCAUUGACUAAAAUUGCCACCCUGACAUAAAAGACCAACACAAAAUAGGUGCGCCAUGAAUGACAUCUCAAUUUGAUGUCAUUCCACGUCUUAUUUUAUUCUCUUGUUCUGAAAAACCAAAAAUAUUAGUACACCAAUUUCUAAAAUGUACCAAAUAUUGAACACAACCCGACCGAAAAUACAGAAAUAAAUGUGUCAAAAGUAGAAAUACUUUAAUUUCUUUCCUUUUGAUGCAUCGAAACUAACUUCACACAUUCUUCUCCUUAAUUAAAUCCCACCUUAUAUACACAAUAAAUCUAAAGUCAUGAUCUAAACAUUCUGAGAUAAUUGCAAUUUACAACAAUGGAGGAAGGACGAUCAUUAACUGAAACUCCGACAUGGGCGGUCGCCACCGUCAUCUCUCUCAUGGUUGCCACCGUCGUUUGCUUCACCAAAUCUAUUGAAUUCUUUGGCCGGUGGUUAGACAAGAGAAAAAGGAAACCUCUGUUGGCUGCCCUUAACAAAAUCAAGGAAGAGCUUGUAGUAUUCGGGGUACUGUCCCUUAUUAUGGGGCACUUCAGUAUUUUUGUGGCCAACAUUUGUGUAAAAUCAUCGGUGUUUAGCACUAGGUUCUACCCAUGUAUACCGGAAACUACAUCAACUCAACCAGUGGUGACCAUUAAACACAUCACUAAUUCGAAUCAAUCCAAGUAUGCUCCUCCUGAACACCAUGAUCAUGCUAUAAUUCAUGCUAGGCAAUAUUGUGACGAGGGCUAUGAGUCUUUUGCUUCAUAUGAGAGCCUCGAGCAGCUUCAUCGUCUGUUGUUUGUUCUUGGUGUGACUCAUGUUACUUACAGCUCUCUGGCCAUUGCACUAGCUGUAAUUAAGAUCUAUAGUUGGAGGGCAUGGGAAGGUGAAGCAAAAUCCAUGGCUUUACAAACCUCACAAGAUGAUUCAAAGCUAAAGCGUCUGUGUUCCUUUGUUGUCAACCACGCAUAUCACCCAUGGAGCCAACACAAAGUUUUUGUUUGGCUGCUUUGUUUCAGCCGCCAAUUUUGGAGUUCAAUUAGCAAGUCUGAUUAUAUUGCUCUCCGAUUUGGCUUUCUUACUACUCAUCAACUUCCAUUAUCCUAUGAUUUUUUCAAUUACAUGGUCAGAAGUAUGGAUGAAGAAUUCCGGGAUAUUGUUGGUAUCAGCUUGCCUCUUUGGGUCUAUGCCAUAGUUUGCAUUUUCCUUGAUUUUCAUGGAACUAAUGUCUACUUUUGGCUUUCCUUUCUUCCGGCUAUUAUAAUUGUUAUAAUUGGUACAAAGCUGCACCACGUUGUGGUGAAGCUCGCGGUAGAGAUAAUUGAUUCACAAUCAUAUAUCGAUGCCCAAGAGUUUAAAUUGAGAGAUGAGCUCUUCUGGUCUGGGAAGCCAAGGCUUUUACUUAGGUUCAUACAAUUCAUAUCUUUCCAAAAUGCAUUUGAGAUGGCAAUGUUCCUAUGGUCAUUGUGGGAAAUCAAUGGAACAUCUUGCUUUAUGGACAACCCAAGUUAUAUAGUGAUUCGCUUAACAUUCGGGAUAGUUUCCCAAGUUUGGUGUAGCUUCAUUACAUUUCCACUCUAUGUGAUAAUCACACAGAUGGGAUCCAGGUUCAAAAGAGCAGUGAUCUCUGAGGGUGUGAGAAGAUCUCUACAUGGUUGGAGGAAAAGAGUGAGGGCAAGGCAACAAAGCAACAAUAACUCUAAUAGUGCGCGACUAAGCUCUUCAUCAUCAAUGCCCUUGAUUCGUGAUAUGGACAGAUACGGUUCCAGCAGCAAUAGAAGCAGCACUGAUGUUAGUACUAGCAGUGGAAGAAGAUCCUGGAGAAAUGAAGGGUCUAGAAGGUGGUCAUUGAUGGAUUAUGGAGAAGUAGGAGUGAUAUUUACCUCGCAACAACCAAGCUAUGUAGACAGAGGAGGGAUCAACUGUGAUAGUGAUACUGGCAGUGACAGUUCUUAUAAUGAGGAGGACUAUAAGGAGAGAGAUGGUGCCCGUUAUUCUCGCAUUCCAUGACGUUCAUCACCUUGCAUGUAUGGACAUGGCUGAUUAUAUACAUAAUGUUAAGACACGAAUAUUUUAGGUUUUUGAAGAGAUCACAAGGGUUAUGUUCAUUUUGUAUUCCUUUUUAUUUGAGCUUGUACUGUUCUUCUUAAUGCAACCUCUUUUAGUUGGGUGGAGUAUUUUACAAAUGUUAUUGGUCUAAAACAUUUAUUUGGGUGCCUCAUAGAUCAUUUUUGAUGAUAAGCCCCUUGGAGACUUUAUAAAUUGAAUUAUGCUAUAUAUGAAUUCAAUUUUAUUUUCAAAGGGAAUGUAUAUCCAAGAUCACAGUCAGUUCAAAAUCAGUUUAGAACUUAAGUGGACUAGAAUGAGAAUUUGAGACUUCUUGGGGUCGGAUUAAUUCCAUUCUGGUCCAAUUUUGAUCAAGUUGGAAUAGUUUUGUAAAAUUAUGGUACUCUUUAAGAAAAGAAAAAAAAAAAUAUAUGGUGCUUACUACUAUUACAACAAUUCACCAACUUGGAAACAUCACAAUUAGUGGUUCAAAGACUCAUCAAUCAUAUAAUAAAUCAAUAAAAUCACCUAACAUUUAACGUUACAUCUCAUGUUUCACUCACAAGUUACUUUCUACUCAAAGUCUCCCUUACUGAUGGCUAUAAUCCUCUACUAUUAACACUAACUAUUCUAAUUGUGUACAACUAGUCAACUACUAUAAGAUUCUAACAAAUCAAAUUUGCAUCGUGAGAACCGUAAAACAGUCUGCAAUCAACGCAUCAUAUUCG